UGAAAAUUCUGAUAUUUAAUCAAAUCAUAUCAUUUUUCCCUCUAGCAGUUUCCUGUGUUGGAAAUAAUGUCUUGCUGGACCUUCAGUUCCUGCCGGACCCUGUAUUUGAAGGAGAGGUCUUGACUCUGAAAUGCCAGGGAUGGAUGCACACACAGCUGUCCCAGGUGACGUUCUACAAAGAUGGAAAACCCCUGGAUUGCUCUAAGAACCACCAAGUUUGCUUCAUAGAGACAGCAACAGUGAAAAACAGCGGCCAGUAUAGCUGCAAAGGACAGAAGACGUAUACCACACGCUGGCUCACGUACACCUCAGAGGCCAUCAUGGUUCAAGUCCAAGAGCUCUUCCUGCCUCCUGUGCUGAGUGCCAUCCCCUCUCCUGAACUUGGCGAGGACAGCCCAUUGACCCUGAGAUGUCAGACGAAGCCACAUCCCCAGAAGUCCACCUGGCAGCUCUUCUUCUCCUUCCAUAAGAAUGGCCACACCUUGCAGGAAAGGAGUCUCCACCCAGAGCUCUCCAUCCCAGAAGUCAAGGAGAGAGACUCUGGGCUUUACUGGUGUAAGGUGGCCCUUGAGGGUCACAGGGUCCAGAAACAGAGUCCUCCGCUGGAGAUCAAGGUGCAGGCUCCUGUGUCUCGUCCUCUGCUCACUCUGCAACCCAGGGCUGCUGGCCUUGCUGUGGGGGACGUGGUGGAGCUCCUCUGUGAGGCUGAACGGGGCUCCCCUCCCAUCCUGUACUCGUUCUAUCUCAACGGGGAGAUCCUGGGGAACUACUCAGCUCUCCACGGGGAAGCCGCCCCCCUUCGCUUCCUGCUGAAGUCAGAGCAGGAUGCUGGGAACUACACCUGUGAGGCUGAGAACAUCAUCUCCAGAGCCAGCAGUGGGCCUGUAAAGCUCUCUGUGAAUGGUUCUCAAGACAUGUCCACCUUUAUCAGCAGCAACCAGCUGGUUGCCUGGCUCCUUGCAUGUGUGCUGGGCCUGAUGGUCAUUGCUGCUGGACUUCUAGCUUAUUUCAGACCUUGGAGGAAAGCUGGGACCCUUCCAUCCCGGAAUCUACCCUCAGCUCCAGGAGGAGAGCAGUGCCCGCUGUAUGCAAAUGUACCUUACCAGAAAGACAAAGGUGAAAAUGUUACCUACUCUCUGGCGCAUACCAAGAGGAAAGAAGCACUCCCGCAGGACAAUUCUGUCUACACAGAGACGACACACUCUCGGCCCAAGAAACGUCCUGCAAAGAAUUGAAUCCAAGAAGCCAGGCACACCGAGAUCUCUUCGUUGACUGCAAGGAUGUGCUGUACCAGUGAUGGCAUCCCCUCCCCCCAGCCUAUACCCACACCCAGCCUCCGCUGCUCCCUGGGCAGUCAGGGGUCUGUUCCUGAGUCCAGCAGUGAGAGAGUCCCUGGGCCCUUACACGGGUCAGAAACUCCUGAAUUGUGGGCUCCCCUCUCAACAGAAGGCCAUCAAUGGGGUGGGAAGGGACAUCCCCUCCAGUACACACAUUUAGGUGGCAGAAGUGACACUGGACACAGCCACAGAUGUCUUAUUUCCACACAAGUGAAAUAGUUUCCUGAAAGAGAGAAAUAUUUCAUACACACAUACAGAGAGAGAGAGAGAGAGAGAGAGAGAGAGAGAGAGAAUGCUCGAGCAUGAAUUCGUCUUGACCCUGAAAGGAAAAAGCAUCAAUCUCCACAUCCCAGAAGACUGGUCCUGGGGCAGGCAGCUCUGUAAUGAAUUUUAAGCUGCUGCCAAGAACCAUGAGUGACCACAAAGCUAAGGAGCCUCUCCCAGGUCCAGCAAGACCAAGGUCAGCCAGGAAAGUUUCUGGCCCAGAUACAUCAUAGAAUUCUUGACAAGGGGGCCCAGAGCCCUCCAGGUACCAAGGACUCUGCCUUUACCUGCAGUCCCAUUUCUGUUCCCAGCCCUUCCAGUUCACCAAAGACAGAUCUGAGGCUGGCCCAGAGCCCCCGUGUGAGCCCCUUACUGGUUUAAAAAGAU